AUGGUAGAUGAUAGUGUCCCGCCGGCGACGCUGGAGAAACGCAGCAUCGAUGGCAUCGUGAAGUACAUCAAAGAGAAGAAGAACUGCAAGAUAGUCGUCAUGACGCUGACAAGAAAGCAGACUGGUGCUGGCAUCAGUACGUCUGCUGGAAUCCCCGAUUUCCGCUCGCCAGACACCGGCAUCUACGCCAACCUUGCGCGCCUCGAGCUGCCCUACCCCGAAGCAGUGUUUGAUAUCUCGUACUUCCGCCAGAACCCCCAGCCAUUCUACGCGCUGGCCAGGGAGAUGUUUCCGGGCAAGUACCGGCCUACAGUCACCCACUCGUUUAUUCGGCUUCUUCAUGAUAAAGGGCUGCUUCUCAAGCUAUUUACGCAGAAUAUUGACUGUCUCGAGAGAAGGGCGGGUGUUCCGGGAGAUAUGAUCGUCGAGGCCCACGGCAGCUUUGCAACACACAGCUGUAUAGACUGCAAGGCAGCCUACUUGGACGAGCUGAUGGCCAAGGCGAUUGCAGACAGCGUGAUACCGUCAUGCAGUGAAUGCCAGGGACUGGUCAAGCCAGACAUCGUUUUCUUUGGAGAGGCUCUGCCAGCCAACUUCUUCGCCAGCCGACAACUCCCAGAAGAAGCAGACUUGUGUAUAGUCAUGGGUACCAGUCUGAGCGUGCAUCCGUUUGCCAGCCUCCCGGGCCUAUGUCGAGAAGAGACUCCCCGGGUGCUGAUCAAUCUGGAGCGAGCCGGGUCGCUGGGCUCACGGCCUGAUGACGUCCUGAUCUUAGGAGACUGCGAUAGUGGUGUACGCCGUCUAGCUGAGGCUCUCGGCUGGCUGGACGAGCUGGAGAAACUAUGGGCAGAGACGUGUCCAGAGCUCGGCAGCGGCAGCAAGCAAGUCUCGGAGCAGCAGGACAAGGAGCCGGCAAGCAAGGACGAGCGUCUCCAUGAUGAGGUCGACCGUCUUUCGGCAGAGGUAGAGUCGGCCCUAAAGGCGUCUCGCGAGCAUGAGACCCGGACAAAGGCCCAGCUCGAGGCUCUCCUGGCCGAGGAGAAGGCGACGCAGCCUAACGCCGAGCAAGAGAAGCCGCCCGAAGACCAGCUGGCUGAGUCCAUGGCCGCUCUCAAUGUCUCGUCCAAGGAGGAAGACAAGAUGCGGCCGGUCGAUACAGAUUGA